AUGGAUAUAAGCGGAUACCUUUAUCACAAUUUACCAUAUUAAUUAGAAAAUCGAGAAGAGAUAUAAGACGGAUGUUAUUAGUAAGCUUCAAAAUUAAAUUUCCACAAAUCCCUAUUGAGAAUUUAUAGCCCUGAACCUUCUAUUCAAGGAGAUAGUAAUUCUAAUGAAAAUGAUUAGAUGUAUGAAAUUGGAAUUAGGGAAUUUAAUAUUCACAAAGAAGAAAAAAAUGGAAAUUUAAAUUUAUAAGAAAAUUGCCCUUCAAAGAAAGUUUAGAAGACCAAAAAACUUAACAAAAAGAGGUAAUACAAAAACAGACCUUUAUCAGAGGAAGAAUUUAUAGACAUUAUGAAAAGGAUAGAAUAAUUUCAGUGCGUUAUGAAAAUGAUCGAUCAUAUGACUAUGAUCUUGAAGGAAUAUUAAAACUAACUACUACAUCAGAAUAUCAAUAGGACCUUAAGAUGA